CCCAGAGAAAAAGAAUUGGAGAGAGAGAGAGAGAGAGAGAGUAACUGCGGCGACGAUGGUCUAGGGCUUCUUCUUCUUCUUCUUCUUCUUCUUCUUCAGUAAGCAAAGAGUACAAAUAGCUCCGGCCAUGACCACCAGAUUCCUUCGACUGCUUUUGCUCUUGAGCUUUCACCUUCAUCCAUCUUUCUCCGGACAGACAAGCAUGAUGGAGUCAGUUCCUGACCUCCAGAGUUCCAUGUACAUGAUGCUUGAUGGAUAUCCUUGUGUUCGGCUACUCAAUCUUUCUGGGGAGAUCGGUUGUUCGAAUCCUGGAAGAGAAAAGGUUGCUGCUCCUAUAGUAAAACUAAAUAAUUCCAAUGAGCUGUCUCAAAGAUCUGCAGUUUUGCUUGCAGUGGAUGAAAUUGAAAGCUUUUUUACCAGACUAUUGAAUGAUACGACCUUUGCUAGCAAUGUUGCUGGUGUAUUGGUUCAAUCAGGGCCUGAGAUUCAGACUAAGUUGAAAGGAUUCUCUCCAGCUCUAAAGUUCCCACAAUCAGACUUUGCUCCUUACAGAAGCACCAAUUACGAGUGGAACCCGAUUGGAUCUGGUUUAAUGUGGAACACGUAUAACUUUCCUGUAUUCUUACUCUCCAAGAGUAGCACAUUGACCCUGCAGGAGGCUGCCUUAAAGAAUGAGAAGAGCAAGAAAUCUUAUACUGCUGAUGUGGCUGAGUUUGAUUUGGUGAUGCAGACAAUGAAAGCUGGCACUCAUGAUUCUGAAUCUUGUUUAGAGGAAAAUGCCUGCCUUCCUUUAGGUGGAUACAGUGUUUGGUCAUCGCUUCCUCCAAUCAAUAUUUCAUCAGCCGAGCAGUCCAAGCCCAUUAUACUUGCUGUAGCAUCAAUGGAUUCCGCAUCCUUUUUUCGUGAUAAAAACCUUGGUGCUGACUCCCCAAUAUCUGGACUGAUUUCAUUGCUGGCAGCAGUUGAUGCGCUCUCUAAAGAGGAUAUUGUGGAUGACUUUACUAAACAGCUUGUAUUUAUUGUUUUCACUGGAGAGUCCUGGGGCUACCUUGGUAGUCGGAGAUUUUUACUGGAACUGGAUCUUCAGUCUGAUGCUGUUAGUGGCAUUAACUACUCAUUGAUUGAAACGGUUGUUGAAAUUGGCUCCAUUGGGAAGGUCCUCAGGCAAGAAGCUAAGAACUUUUUUGUUCAUACCGCUGGGACUUCCUCUGCUACAAAUGAGACGCUGGAUGCUUUGACAAUUGCACAAGACUCAAUGAAGUCUGAUCACAUUGUUGUCUUGUCUGCAAAUACUUCAAAUCCUGGGAUACCUCCAUCUUCCUUGAUGGCUUUUCUGAGAAAGGACUCUCUAACCUCUGGGGUUGUAUUGGAAGACUUUGAUACCGUAUUCACAAACAAGUUCUACCACAGUCAUCUUGAUGAUUUAUCAAAUGUAAACUCUUCAGCUAUUGUGGCAGCUGCUUCCCUUGUAGCACGCACCCUUUACAUUCUUGCCAGUGGCAAUAAAAAUGCAAGCAGUUCUGCCCUAACGUCUAUCAAUGUAAACGUUUCACUAGUUGAAGAACUAAUGGGUUGCCUAUUAGACUGUGAGCCAGGUCUUUCCUGUGAGCUGGUAAAAAAUUAUAUAACACCAGCUAGUACGUGCCCCAGCAAUUAUGUUGGUGUCAUCCUUGAUGAACCGUCAUCCACCCCGUAUAUUGGAUAUGUUAGUGAUAUUUCAAGGUUUAUAUGGAACUUCCUGGCUGAAAAAACCUCUAUUGCGAAGGAAAAUGCUACCUCUGUUUGUUCUAAAGAUUGCAGCAAUGAUGGUAAAGUCUGCAUUAGAGCAGAGACAGAUGGAAAGGGAGUCUGUGUCAUCUCCACAACCAGAUAUGUUCCUGCUUAUUCAACACGGUUGAAAUUUGUAGAUGGAUCGUGGACUGUAUUGCCUCCAAAUAACUCUGAUCCCAUGGGACUGCUGGAUGCUGUUUGGACAGAAAGUAACUGGAACACAAUUGGACUCCGAGUCUACACAGUCCAAAAUUCUUCUUUCGAUGAUAUAGUUUUACUUGGGAGCAUUGCCAUUACAAUCUUGGCUUACCUCACUAUAGUGAUUACAAGGGCCUUUUUGACAAAGGCUUUAAAGUGUGAUUGAUGAGAAUCAUCUUUUGCUGUUUGCAAGGUUUGCUUUAUUAUGAGCUGCAUCCUUGCUUAUAAUGUGUAGAUCUGUAUUUCAGCUCUACCUGAUGUUCCAAAUAUUGUAAUUCUCGAGCUAAACUUCACUCUGAAAAUUAGGGACUUGUAUGAAAUUUUCUUAGGUGAGCGUAUAGAUUCUAAA